AGGUUUCCCCAUGUCCGUGACGUGUUGGCCGAGGCUCUGCGGCUCCUCUCCGCCCUCGGAGCGGCCAGUCGCUGCCCUCUGGACUCCGUGAUCCCCGACGGGCGUCAUGAGCAUUGCAAUCCCUCUGGGCGUCACCACACCAGAUACGUCCUACUCCGACAUGGCUGCAGGAUCGGACCCAGAGUCUGUGGAAGCUAGUCCAGCUGUCAGUGAGAAGAAUGUGUACUCCAGCCACGGCUAUGGGGCCACCCAGAAACACAGCUAUCGCGGGCUGCCUUACGCAGAUCAUAAUUAUGGAGCCCCUCCUCCUCCAACACCGCCAGCCUCUCCUCCUGUCCAGACCAUUAUACCUCGUGCAGAACUGAACGGCCUGCACUCACCUGAUGAGGAGAACUCCGGGGACAGUGAGAGCUCCUCAGAAGGAGAAUCAAUUCCCACUUGGUGCCACUGCAGUGUCUCCCAAGAUGGUUUCCUCCUCAAGUGUGAAAAGUGCAGCCUGACAAGUGUUGGUGGCACCAGGAGUGGAGAUGAGGAUGUUAAAUCGAUGUUCUUAUCAUCCUGGGCCCCACUGAGGGCACGCAUCUUGUGACAUCCUGUUGAAUUUCAAGUGACUUUACUCCUACAAACCAGCUUCAAUUGUGCAUUCUCCUUUGGCAGAGGAAUGAGCAGGGGGAAGGUGAUCAGACUCCGCCGCCGGAAGCAGGACAACGUGUCAGGUGGGGACAGCAGUGCAACUGAGAGCUGGGAUGAAGAACUAUCUCCCUCUACAGUGCUGUACACAGCUACGCAGCACACCCCUACAAGCAUCACAUUGACUGUCAACCGUGUCCGUAGAAGCAAACCUAAGAAGAGGAAGAGGAGUACAGAAAAAGCUCGCACUGCUCCAAAGGCCAAAAAGAUCAAGGCCUUUCGAGAGGGCUCCCGAAAGUCUCUGAGGAUGAAGAAUUCCCCUUCUGAAGCACAUGCCUUGGAUGAAAACACAGCUGAAGGGUGGGAGAAUCGCAUACGACUCUGGACAGAUCAGUACGAAGAAGCCUUUACUAACCAGUACAGUGCUGAUGUACAGAACUUGUUGGAGCGUCAUCUAAACUCUAAUAAAGAAUACGUGGGGAAAACUGCUAUGCUAGACACAAUCAACAAAACAGAGUUGGCCUGCAAUAAUACUGUUAUUGGGUCCCAGAUGCAGCUGCAGCUGGGAAGGGUGACUCGUGUUCAGAAGCACCGGAAGAUCCUGAGGGCAGCAAGAGACUUGGCACUAGAUACCCUCAUAAUUGAGUAUCGAGGGAAGGUUAUGUUACGACAGCAAUUCGAGGUCAAUGGGCAUUUCUUCAAAAAGCCAUAUCCCUUUGUGCUGUUCUACUCCAAGUUCAAUGGCGUUGAAAUGUGUGUUGAUGCCCGCACCUUUGGUAAUGAUGCCAGGUUCAUCAGGCGUUCCUGCACUCCAAAUGCAGAGGUUCGUCAUGUGAUUGCUGAUGGGAUGAUCCACCUGUGUAUCUAUGCUGUUGCCACCAUUGCCAAGGACACAGAGGUUACCAUCGCCUUUGACUAUGAGUACAACAUCUGCAACUAUAAAGUGGACUGUGCGUGUCACAAGGGGAACCGGAAUUGCCCUGUGCAGAAACGUAGCCCAAAUGCUGCAGAACACCUACCUCCACCUGUUUUAGGCACACUGAUUGGGGCAGAAACACGCCGGCGAAAAGCUCGUCGAAAGGAACUAGAAAUGGAACAGCAGGGCAUUGCAUCAGAUGAGAACAGCAGUCAACAAACGGAGGAAGUUCCUGAGGGACCUGCAGCAGUCAGUGACAAUGAGGUGGCAGAGAAGGAGGAGAAACAAGAAGGGGAGAAGGAGGAGCCUGUAGAUGAACAGGUCCACAGCCGCCGGUCCCGGGAAGACAGGAAGGUAGAAGCCAUCAUGCACAUGUUUGAAAACUUGGAAAAGAGAAAGAGGAGACGAGAGCAACCAUCAGACCGUAACAGCACUGAUGCUGAAAUCAGCACCAAUUCUGAAGCUCCUGAGCUGGAGGAAAUAAAAACAGAGACUCCUGAAACUGAAGAUGGAAGUUCAGCACUGAGUGCUGCUGCUCCAAAUGUUUCUAACAGUAACAGCAAUACUGGGGUGAACACACGACGGUCUUCACAAGUAGUGGAUGCUGUCCCCGAAAAAACAGUUACUAAGCCAGCUCCAGCCAAACCCUCCAGACCCCGACCGAAAAGUCGCUUCUCUCGAUACCGGACCAGUUCAGCACAAAGACUGAGAAGGCAGAAACAAGCCAGUUCCCAGCAAGCUGAACUCGCACAGGCUGUCCCAGAGGAAGGAAGCACUGCCAGCUUGGUAACCACAACAGAUGUCAGCAAUGUAGAAGGUCCAGGAGAAGGCAGACAGUUGAUGGGAUCUGACCCAACUGCUAUCCUGGCUGCAGGAUCUCAGUCUAAUCGAGCUGCAGUAAAGUACCCCAAAACUAAAAAGUAUCUUGUUACAGAAUGGCUGAAUGACAAGGCAGAAAAGCAGGAGUGCCCUAUUGAAUGCCCUCUGCGCAUUACUACAGACCCAACAGUUUUGGCAACUACCUUAAAUAUGUUGCCAGGUCUCAUCCACUCUCCGCUGAUUUGUACCACACCUAAACACUACAUUCGUUUUGGUUCACCUUUCAAUCCUGAGAGACGUCGAAGGCCCUUUCUGUUGGAUGGAAUUUACAGUUCCUGUAAAAAGCGCUGGAUCAAACAAGCCCUGGAAGAGGGGAUGACUCAGACCUCACCAGCUCCGCAAGAGAACAGAACCCAGUGUCUAUACCAAAGUAACGAGAACAGCAGUUCUUCCAGCAUCUGCAAAGAUGACACAGACUUGCUGAGUCCCCUGAAGAAAUGGAAGUCUCGCUACUUGAUGGAGCAGAAUGUUAAGAAGUUGCUGAGGCCGCUAUCUCCCGUCACCCCUCCACCUCCCAUCCCUUUGGUUCCUGGCUCAGUGAGCCCACAGCUGGCUACACCCUGCUCAUCACUGCCAGGAGAGGAGGAGAGUCGCAAUGGUUAUGGCAUGAUGUUCUCACCAAUUCCUUCUCUGGCUGCUAGUCGCUGCAAUACUCCACUACAGUUUGAGAACGUAUCCUCCCCUGAGAGUUCCCCUGCGCAUAGGCCUGAGUCCAUGUCACCUGAGCUCUGCCUUCGAUCCGACCUGGAUUUGAAGGGUGGGUACUUGGAUUCCGGUGCAAACACCUGCCCAGAACGGCCAUCGCUGCUCAGCUUUGGAUCCUCUGAUCUGGCUCCACAACCCUCCAUAAACUCUACUUCAGAGAUGAACUUCCCAGGGAAAAGUGGGGAAGCACAGAUGCUGCUACGAAGCUCUGAUCAGGCUUUUCGGACAGAGUUUAAUUUAAUGUAUGCCUUCUCCCCAUUGAACGCUAUGCCACGUGUAGAUGGGUUGUUGCGGGGAUCUGCUCCUUUGGGAGAGAGGAAGCCAAUGAAUUCGGAAGCAGGAUGCUGCAGCUCUCCUGCUGAAGGAUAUUUCAGCAGACAUGAGUCAGGGCUGCUUAAAGAGACAGUGCAUGGAUCCAUGUCUCCCUGCAGCGAGAGGGCUUGUGAAGGCGUCAGAUCUGCUCCCCAGAAUCCACCACAAAGGAAGAAGGUAUCUCUACUAGAAUACCGCAAGCGGAAACAAGAAGCCAAGGAGGGAGGCGAUUCAAUGCGAUGUACAGGGACUCCUACCCGACAGGGCAGCAGCAGUUCUGUGACUGACACAGAUGGCAACAGCCUGCCGGGUUCCGUAGUACGAACCCCGUCCUCCCCACAAAGUGGCUUCUCCCCUUCUCAUCCCUCCCUGCCUCAUGUAGAGGACAUCAGCCCACCAGACUUGAGGGGGGCUAGUUCCUCAACAUCACUCAGCAAAUCCCAGGAGAGCAUCAGCAGUAGGUGGAUGGUCCCAACAUCGGUGGAGAGGCUUCGAGAGGGCCGAGGCAUACUUGAGAAGGUGCUGCGUAGUGGUGCAAAGGUAUCCCAGAGAAAUGAAUCCUCACCUACCUGUGACAGUGCUGUUGAGAGAGAUGCAGACACAGCAGGAGAUGACACUCCAGAAGCCCACAAAGGACCAGGACCAGCAGUUUACAGUCCUUCUCGAUACAGCUACCAGCUCCUGCAGUCUGACAGUCCCCAGGCAGAAUCGCAGACCCUUCUCCAGCAGAGUUCCUCCCCCUACAGAGGACACCUUACUCCAUCUCCUGGAUACAGCUAUCGAGCAGCAGCACAGAGGACAGGACAUAGCCUCUCUCAUGGUUCCUCGGAAACAUCCUUCUCCUCCACCUCGUACUCCAGCCCUGCCCACUCGGUUUCCACAGACUCCUCUGCCCUGUUUGCAGGGAAUUCGGGGUAUUACAGCAGCCAGCAGCACUCUGGCAGCGGCAGUGGCAGCCUCCUGAAGAAGAGCUGCCCUGCUGCUGCCAGCCCAGCACAGCAGACAGCUGUGGACUCUCUUUCCUCUGAGUCGGGCUCCCAGCCCUGCACAGGAAGCCUGAGGUGGGCUGAGCCUGGAGUGGGGCCCGCCAGGUGUGCCUCCAAGUGCCAGUCCUCAAAGCUGGCACGUCUGAGGUGCCUAUUGUCUCCAGUGUUCGACUGCCCUCACUGUGAAAACGUUCACCCUGACACCUUGUGGGAUGGUGUCUGUUGUGGCUCGUCCUGUCCCUAUGCGUCCCCCAGAAGAGUCUGGCUGCGUCUCCCUAUGCCUUCCCCCAAAGCAGCUGCAGGCAGCGAUGACCUCUUCCCCUUCCUUCCCAGACGCUGACCAAGCCCAACCCUCGGCCUCCGUGCCCUGUGCCUGCACCAGGCUCGCCUGGGCUGUGUGUCCUGUACUGAGAAUGCCAGAGCUGGCCAAAGCUCUCCAGAUGUCCAAGAGGUCCCCAGGCUGCCCUUGUGCUCGCACAGCCUGGAAAGCUGCCCCUGCUCCUCUACCAGAGCACGCUGUUGGACUGAUGGGCCAUGUGAGUUCUUUUUCCAUCAAGACGCAGGAAUUUGCUGAAUUUCAG